AUGGCAUUGGACAGACAAGCACCUGCUCUCUUGCGCAAAGUGACUGCUGGUGGCAAACCCCUGUUGGCCAUCGCGGUUUGCAUGGCCUGGUGCUUCUUUAGUUAUCUGGGCCAAAAUGAAGCGCAGACUACUUCGGGUGAGCACAUCUUCAAGAUGUCUUGUACUUCAAUCAC